GAAUCGCUUUUAAUCACCUAACCAAUCAGCAAGGCCGCCUUCGUUUCCUUGUUCAUCCACUUCUUCAGGUGCUGCGUUGCUCAUCUCUUCUCCCCUCUUCUUCAGAAGAAUACAAACCAGUCCUGUGCUGCAAAUGUAACUUUCCUAUCCGACCAGUGUUGGUUUAACUGCAGCAGACUUUACAGACUCUGGAAUAUAUAUCCAGGCGGUAAGCUUCUAUCAACUGUUCUGACGGAGGCAGCCUCCCGCGGGUCCACACUGUUCACAGUGUCCUGCACAAACUGACCUGCAGUAACUAGAAAAGCUAGUUUCUCAAUCAAGUCCAAGAAAACAUAAGAGUAUUGGAGGCGAUAUGGACCUGGACAGUAAACACUUGGUGGUGGUGGUACCAAACGAAGUUUCAGUGGCCUCCCGCAGAGUAUUCAGCAGCGAGGAUGAGGCAUGGAAGAGCUAUCUGGAAAACCCACUGACUGCUGCCACUAAGGCCAUGAUGAGCAUCAAUGGAGACGAGGAUAGUGCUGCAGCGUUGGGACUGCUGUACGACUACUACAAGGUUCCUAAAGAGAGGAGAUGCACCUUCAGUGGUGUUAAAAGCACAGACCCCACCACUCUCAUAUCUAGUAGCUACAUGGCAGACCUCCACUGUCAGGCUGUGGGAUCCAUGCCUGUUAAUCUCUCCCUAAACAACAGCACCACUUCUGAACUUAAAAGCUCCAAACAUGGAGCUGCAAGUCUCUCAGGAGAUACCAGAGGAGGAGAUUGCAAAGGUGGAGGCAGUGCACCUCUUGCCCUGGUCAAAGCUGAAAACCAGAUGUCUAUGCUGGUUUCUUGUUCUGCUGCCUCCUACCAAGAAGAACACAGAGAGCAACCAAGGAUGCGGAACGAGCAGAGCUGCCAUGAUCUGCCCCUCACCCCUUACCCGAAGGAUGACCAGAGUAGCACCCCGGACAGCACGUAUGACGGAGAGAUGUAUCGGAGAAAUUCUUCCCCAGAGGUUGACGGAUUUCCGCGUAGCCUACCAGACGACACUUUUCAGUACAGUCUGGACGCCAGCAUGUCGCUGCGACCUCGGCAAGGAGAGGGACCCAUGGCCUACCUGAACCGGGGCCAGUUCUAUGCACUGACGCUGUCUGAGUGCGGCUUCAGAUCAUCGCUUUGCCAGCCCAGAGGCAAAGUGCAGGUGAGUGGAGCGGCGUCAUCACACGGGGCUGGCGGGAGUAGUGAACAAUGUGCCGUGGGAAGUUCUGAGCUGCAGCACGACAGCAUCGUACAGAGCGUUGUUAUGGUCGUCUUUGGGGAAGACAAGUGCAGAGAUGAGCAGCUGAAGAACUGGAAGUACUGGCAUUCCCGCCAGCACACGGCCAAACAGAGGGUCCUGGAAAUUGCUGACUACAAGGAGAGCUUCAACACAAUUGGGAAUGUGGAGGAAAUCGCCUACAACGCCGUGUCAUUCACCUGGGAUGUCAGUGAGGAAGCUAAGGUCUUCAUCUCUGUGAACUGUCUGAGCACAGAUUUCUCCUCGCAGAAGGGGGUGAAGGGCAUGCCUCUGAUAAUCCAGAUCGACACCUACAGCUACAAUAGCUGCAGCAGCCGGCCCAUCCACAGGGCCUUCUCUCAGAUCAAGGUCUUCUGUGACAAGGGUGCAGAGAGGAAACUACGUGAUGAGGAAAAGAAACAACUCAGGAAGAAGACAAAAGGGAAACAUGGCAGCUCAGGGCUGACUUCUCCUGUUCUGAGGGCCGAAAGCACGCUUUUCAAAAGCAUGUGUGACCUGGACUCCCAGCCUGUCCUCUUCAUCCCUGAUGUCCAUUUUGGAAACCUGCAGAGAGCGGGGCAGGUGUUCAAUUUCAGCACUGAAGAGGUUGUCAGAGACAGAGGUCUUCUGAUGAAGAGGAUGUCAAGUCAGGAUGAAGUCUGUGCACCUCAGCUCAAGAAAACCAAAGUGGAGCCGGAAAGAAAAGUUCUAUUGUAUGUGAGGAAGGAGUGUGAUGAAGUAUUUGAUGCCCUAAUGCUGCGUGCCCCGACUCUCAAAGCACUGAGGGAGGCUAUCUCUGAGAAAUACUCUGUGCCUGUUGACAAGAUGUCCAAAGUCUACCAAAAAAGCAAAAAAGGGGUCCUGGUAAACAUGGACGACAACAUCAUCCAGCACUACUCCAACGAGGACACCUUCAUCCUGGCUAUGGAGAGCUCAUCCAACUCCUUGCAUGUGACUCUGUCAGAAAUCUGACGGUUGUCGUCCUCAACACGGCUGCAGUCAUCAGGUUGUCCAGAGGAGACCGCUGCUGGCUGAAGCCCUGUGUGUAAAAACAACCGCAGCAAAUGUCUGAACCUAACAUGGCAGUCACAGUAGGCUUUGCUGCCCUCUGAAACACUGGCUAAACUCACCCAGCAGGAAAAAUCUGCCUCACUCGCUGCACCUCAUGUUUAUUAGACAACCUCAUGUAGGUGGAAUUUUUGCACUAGGGACACAGGGUUAAAGAAAAAGGGGGGAUAAAAAAAAAAGCUUUAAAAAUCAGAUUUUUAUUUUUUGUUACAUUGGAAAAAUUUUUUGAUGCCUCCUUGACAAGAUUGUACUUUUAACUUUUUUAAAUUGAGCUGUAAUUAAGAGACGGUUUUAUCUGUGCCAGCGCAGAGCCACCAGGCAGCUUGCUGUUAUACUGUAGAGAAUCAGUAUAUUUUGGAUAAGCAUCCAGGAGCGCAGCUGUUAGCUUCCUCUGCGCUUUCUGCCAUCUUACCUGUGGUAUCUACUGGUAGUAAAAGCUGAAAAUGACCUGAUCACAUGUUAAAAGCUUCACACAAAGUCCGCAAACAUUUUUGUUGGCAUAAAAAACAACCAUUGCAGGGGCUUUUAUAUGUUUGUUGUUUAUCAUUGUUAUUUUAGAUUCAUUGUUUUUUGAAUCGUCAUUGAAAUUAAGUUACAUUUUUUGUUCUGCUUUGUUUUUUUAUUUUCUCUUUGAAAUGAAACCAGAUACCAUCAUGGAACAAGACUCCAGUCUCCAGGAUGCUGUUAGGCUGUUUUGCUUCCUCUGAGUGCGUGUUUAUUGCUUUUCUACCCACCAAAGAGACCGUAGUCAUUAGUAUUUAUGACAUUUGUUUACACAGCACUUCUUCUGAGGCUGUAAGAAGCCAUCAUAAUGCUGCCUGUGUUUACACCAGAUCCACCAAAACCUUCAUAUGUUUCAUGCAGCAUGUACAGUCUUUUAAAUGAGCCAAUAAAUAUAGUUUUAUAUGGA